AUGGCGAUGCGACGCGAGCAUGGAGGCAUUGAGAUGAGACAAGCCCAGCGACAAUUCAUGUUCGUUUCUUACAACGAGCACAGAGGACAGCGCAAUGGUCGCAGCAGGGCCUUGAAUCGGCACGUUCAGCGCAACUCUCGGCAGGCCACAGUGUCGCACAGAGACAUCCCGUUGCGAUAUCAGCUGCGCUUCAGGGCUUCUGAUUGGGAUAUGCCAUACGUUCCUAGUGCUUCAGCUGAGGUCCAGCGGAACCCGGCCCCAUCGUCAGAGAGUGAAAGCAGCAACGAAGGAACAAUAGGCUCCCCGCCAAGUCGAUCUCUAUCGCGCUGGAACGAUCCGAGAGAGGCUGGACAUGUGCAGUUCUACCAUGAUGUGGUCUCCGGUCAGCUGGGUGGAGCCGUCACCAGCGCUUUUUGGGAGCAGCAUGUGCUUCAGAGACUGCAGCAAGCGCCGGUGAUCAAGCAAGCCUUGGUUGCCUUGAGCCUCGCCUACAGAGAGAUUUGCGUUGCUGGUCAACUGCACCCACCUUGCAGCGCUUUGACCCCGACGCGAGCGUCCCAAGCCACGGGCAAUGCUAUAUCGGGCUUGCGAUCAUACCUGCAAAUUGAGCAACAACCACCUCUUGAUGUGGUCCUGACUUGCGCUGUGCUUCUUUUUGCGUUGGAGAAGACGCGAGGAGACCGCGAGACUUCCUUGUUCCACCUGGACAAUGCUAUCGCCGUGUUCAAGUCUUGGACCGAAAGACUAAAGCGAAAGACCCCUCCGCCACAAUACAAGAUGUUGCGAUCGGUGAUACUACUACUUGACGGAAACGCUUGUAUUGAAGAUGAGGCCAGAGCGCCUCUGGUCGAGGUCGAAUUCUCUGGGCCCUUUAUUGACGCGCAUGAGCUCCGUUUCAACAAUAUUCAAGAUAUGCGAGACGACUUUAAGAUACGAGUCUGCCACCCACUCACCAGGCUCUUGGUACGAUGCCACGAUGGCGCAGUCACGGCCUUGCAGGAUUGUCCGCACGAUGUGCUGCAGGAGAAGGUCAGACUCCAGAACGAGCUUGUGAGAUGGCGAGCGGCUGUUGACUACUUUGUCUGGGAUCGAUCUUCCAUCAGGCAACCAAGAUGCGAGCCGAUCUGGAGCAAAUCAGAAGAGAUCAGCAUCUUGACUGUGGAGAUGCAUUAUCUUGUCGUUAAGUGCUCUCUGUCAGAUGUGGUCGUUGCAUAUCCGGACCAUGCGAAUGCCUGGAAUCAACACUCCUGUGAAAUAUUGGCAAAGGGAGAAAGAGUGCUGGAAUUGCUGCAGCGGAGACACGGCCCGUUCCAACUUCAACCAGAUGGACGACAACGAGCGAUGAUCAUCACUUAUGCGCAGUCUCUGCCGUUGUUCGCGCAACGAACGACUCUUCUCGACGCCCGCUCGAGAGCAAUGCGCCUGUAUGCAGACCUGGAGCCAUACACUCGCGUCGUUGCGAUAUGUCCUGGUUUGAGAGCUACCGAGCGCUUUCGUGAAGACCAUACAGGUGUGCCUAGGUUCUCGUCGACAGCUGCAUUGCUCCUGACCUUGGGCUCACGCUCGUGA